AUGCCAUCAGAAAUUCCUAAUGUGAUCGAGAUGCAAAAGAAAAGCUCAUGGCAGACAUUGGAAGCACGGGUUUCCACGGUUCAAUGUCCCGUAGGAAAAGUGCCGAUACGACGGCAUGAAGCUAUUGUGGAUGAUCGGAUAUACCCCAAAACCGGUGGUAAUAUGACAUUUACUCCCAAACAUGAGUAUGCGGAAGCUUAUACGAAUGCCGGACAUAAAUUGUAUGGAACCAAAGCAACAAUAAACGUUUGGGAUCCGAUGGUUGAAGACAGAGAAAACGAGGCAAGCAUCUCUCAAAUCUGGCUUACCUCGGGAGACUUUGAGACGAAUGAUCUCAAUACCAUUGAAGUUGGAUGGCAGGUAUGUCCGGGGUUAUAUAACGACAGCAAACCAAGAUUAUUCGUAUAUUGGACGGGUGAUGGAUACAAAACAUCCGGAGGGUAUAACCUUCAAAAACCUGGUUUUAUACAAACCAGUAACAAUAUUGUCUUAGGAGGCGCUAUUUCUCCUAUAUCUAGCUUCGGAGGUACCCAAUACGAGAUUACCAUUCUCGUAUGGAAGGAUUCAAAAAUGAUAAAUUGGUGGUUGAGUUUAGGUUCAGAUAACUCAAUAGUAGGAUACUGGCCAGCGGAGAUUUUUACGAGUUUAGCUGAUCACGCAUCUACAGUAGAUUGGGGUGGUGAAAUUGUAGAUUCUCACAAAUUUGGUCGACACACGAAGACUCAGAUGGGUUCUGGUCAUUUCCCUGAAGAAGGAUUCAAAAAAGCAAGUUAUUUCCGUAACCUAGAGUUCGUAGACAACAACAACAGCCUCCAAAAGAUCCAACAAUUCCGGUUAGUAGCAGAGGGUAUCUAUUAUAAGAUCAAGAACUUGCAUACAGAUGAGUGGGGAACUCAUUUUUUUUAUGGAGGACCAGGAUUUAGCCAUAUGCACUCAGGAAUUUCUUCAAGAUACGGUUCCUACAGAGACAGAAUUGUGGUUUUGCAUGGCGGCUGGAGUUUGUUUGAAAAGGGAACUGCGGGUGAGAUUCUGUUACGGCUUACAUACAAAGCAUAUGUGGAGGAGGAAGAAGAUGAAAAGACCAAUGUCAAAGCCAUUAAUGCAUAUGCUUCUGAUGAUGAAAUGCCUGAUUCAGAAGAACUUGGCUCAUUUGUGCGGAAUGAAAAUUUUCAAGGCAUAGUUUCAUCUGAAGCAGGAGACUCACCUGACGAUCCAGUAUCUUUUAAGGCUGGGUUGGACUCAAGAUCUCAACUUGAAGAUCCUAGUAUUGGGUCUGAAAGUAACACAGGCGUAUCAGAUUCAGAAAAUAUUGGUAGUGGUUCAGGCGAUGAUGGAGGUAUAUCGAGGCUUGACGUGUUAUGA